GCACAAGCAAAGACCCAAAACGACAACAGCCGAUGACAAAACGACACACACAAUCAGUCAACACUUGAUGCUACUGCGCAGCACCCGCUCACCAUCGUCUCCUAGCCUUUGACACUCGGUUUUCCCCAAACUUUCAAACCAAAAGCUUGCUUCUUUCUUCAUCCUUGAUUGCACUGAAGUAGAGUCUUGUUCCAAAAAUCCCCAAACCCUCUAAUUCAAUUUCAAAUUUCAGGGUUGCCCACAAUUGCAAAAUCAGGGUUUUUGAGGGGGUUAUUUUUUUGGUAGCAAAACCCUAGGAAUGUAAUAAAUUUAGGGGUUUGUCCCAUAAACCCUAACCCAGUUCCGAUUUCGAUCAAAGCCGUCAAAUUUGGGAAGAAAGUUAUCACAUUUGGGUUGUUUCUGAGGGUUUCAACCUAGAAUGGUUUCGGGCCCACUUGUUGGAGACGAAGCCAGCAACAGAUUCUAUUCUCGGAACGCCCAGAAUCCCAACCAUGUCAUACGUCACUCGCCGGAGCAGCAGAGCUUGAUGCAGCAGUUUCGAGGCGAGACGGCGUCGUUUGAUUCCUCGAACAAUGGGCUCGCCGAGCCCGGCAAUGGGCCACGUGGGUAUUCGAAGGUGGGGGACAAGGUGAGGAUUUGCUUGAACUCCAAGGCUGAUAUUAACGGAAUCAAGUGGAAGCUGAUGGGUGAGCUGGAGCAAGUGAGGAGCUUGGUGAGGAAUCUCGAAGCCAAGGAGGCUCAGCUUACUGAAGGGUAUGGUUUUUCUCAGAAAUCUGAUCAUAAUUUGGUAGAUAAUAAUAAUAGAAGUACAAUGUCGUUUAGGGGUAUAGGUGUUUGUAACGCGGAGAAUGAGAAUAAGGGUGGUGAGGGUGUGGAGAAAAAGAAGAGGAAGACUCCGAAGGGAGAUCAGAGUUCUAGGAAUCUGAAGUUACCUCCUUCCGGGGGUAAGAAGAAUUUGGGUAGGAAGAGUGAAGUUGGGCUGUUGUUGGGGCCGGAUAAGAAUUCGAGUAGAUUGUUGAAGAGUUGUACUACUUUGCUUGAGAAAUUGAUGAAGCAUAAGCAUGGCUGGGUGUUUAAUAAGCCGGUAGAUGCUAAGGGGCUUGGCCUUCAUGAUUAUUAUAAGAUUGUUAAGCAUCCAAUGGAUUUGGGGACGGUGAAGAGUAGGCUGGACAAGAAUUGGUAUAAGACGGCUGCUGAGUUUGCGGAGGAUGUGAGACUUACGUUCAAUAAUGCCAUGUUGUAUAACCCGAAAGAGCAGGACGUUCAUGUGAUGGCAGCCCUAUUGUUGAAGUUGUUUGAAGAGAAAUGGGCGGCUAUAGAGGAUCAGUAUAAUCUUAAUAGGAGAGCUGAAAUAGGUAAUGAUUCAGAAUUCCCAACCCCUGCUUCAAGAGAUGUUGAAGCUCCUGCUCAGUAUAAUAUCAAUAGGAGGGUUGAAAUGGGUAAUAAUUCAGAAGUCCCAACCCCCAUGUCAAGAAAGGUUCAGGGUCCUGCUCAUAAUAUUAAUAGGAGAAUUGGAAUGGGUAAUAGUUCAGAAUUGCCUACCCCUAUUUCAAGAAAGGUCCAGGCUCCUCCUCCUCCUCUUCCUUCUCCUUCUCCUCGACCAUUGGAGAUGAGGACUCUGGAUAGAGCAGAAUCGAUGACAAAGCCUGUUGAUCCCAAGUUGAAACCUGCAAGUGUUGGUCAUACAGGUAGAAAGCCGGUUCCAAAGAAACCAAAAGCUCGGGACCCUGACAAAAGGGAUAUGAAUAUGGAGGAGAAGCAGAAGCUCAGCACAGACCUUCAGGCUUUGCCUUCUGAGAAACUAGCUAAUGUUGUCCAGAUUGUUAGAAAGAGGUGUCAAGGGAUUCUACAGCAAGACGAUGAGAUUGAAUUGGACAUUGGCAGUGUUGAUCCUGAAACACUCUGGGAACUGGAUAGGUUUGUGACUAAUUACAAAAAGAGCUUGACCAAAAAUAAGAGAAAAGCUGAACUUGCUCCUCUAUCAGUAGAAGAAUCUGACUAUGCUAUGCAGGAGAAUGUGGCACAAGCCACCGUAGAGGCACAACAUGAACCCAUAGCAGUUGAAUACAACGACAAUGCAUCGUCCCCGGUUCAAAGAGAAGAUCAAGGUGGGAAUGUGAGUGGAUCAAGUAGUUCUAGUAGUGGUUCUGGAUCCUCUUCAAGUGAUUCGGACAAUGAUAGUUCCUCUGGAAGUGGAUCAUAUUCAAAUUGUUGACCGAGGACUUGAAUUGAUUAGUUAAGGCUUCAAAAUGCAUUUGGUGUUGAAUCAACUAUUGAUUAUGAUACAUGGAUACUUUUAUAUCAUUAGUGCUCGGUGUUUUAGAGAAGUUUUUGUUCAGCCUGGGAUAUGGUGUGUACAUCAUGUUUGAUCCAUCUGACAGCUGCCCCAUAAUCAGAGUUCUCCAUAGGUAUAUGUUAAUGUGGCACAGUUAACCUAAAUGGUGAGGGUAUGGUGUGGGGAAAUGGGCUAGGUUUAGGAUUAGGAUAAUCCCUUACAAUGUAACCUGAAAACAAUAUCAUGGUUACAUGAAAUAUUUUCUAUGAUAGUACGAUUGCAACUGGUGCUCGCUAUUUCCACAUCCAAAUGAAAUUUACUUUUGAUUGGGGAGCUAUUAUCAAAGGAUUUAUGCAGCCAAAGUUGGUAGGCUGAAUUCAAGUCUACAGUUGUCCUUGUGCUCUCGCAUGGCAUCUUGAUGACUUGUGAUCUAGUUGUUGUCAUUGUGGAUAUUAUUUUAUGUUUUGAACAAUAUUAAACAUUUGGCAUUGAUCUGUAGCGUUGUAGA